UAUGUGAGGGGUAAUGAGCAGAGUACAGAGGACAUUCCUACAGAUAACCGCCCAGAUCACUGUACCAGGAACUUGGAGAAACAUCUGGUAUCUUCAGAUUUUGAAGUAGAUGAUUAUGGUAUCACAAGAGAUACAUUGCAAGAGCAUGCCAAUAUGCAAGAUAUACCCUCAUUCAAUCACAGCAACAAUGCUUCAUUUGAAUAUUUUAAACAGGUCCAAUCUUCUGAUUCAUCACCGACUGUAACACAGAAUGAAAGUCUCAGAAGAUGUGCUAAACAUCAAACAGCUCACGUAAAAGAGAAACCAUUUUCAUGUUCAGAACAUGAAAAAUGUUUUCAACAAAAAUCUGAUCUUGUUAUACAUGAGAGAAAUCACACAGGGGAGAAGUCAUUUUCAUGUUCAGAAUGUGGGAAAUGUUUUAAGUAUAAAUCAGCUCUUGUUAUACAUCAGAGAAAUCACACAGGGGAGAAGUCAUUUUCAUGUUCAGAAUGUGGGAAAUGUUUUAAGUAUAAAUCAGCUCUUGUUAUACAUCAGAGAAAUCACACAGGGGAGAAGCCAUUUUCAUGUUCAGAAUGUGGGAAAUGUUUUAACCAUAAAUCACAUCUUGUUAUACAUCAGAGAAUUCACACAGGAGAAAAGCCAUUUUCAUGUUCAGAAUGUGGAAAAUGUUUUAACCGUAAAUCGCAUCUUGUUAUACAUCAGAGAAUUCACACAGGAGAGAAGCCAUUUUCUUGUUCAGAAUGUGGAAAAUGUUUUAACCAGAAAUCAGAUCUUGUUAUACAUCAGAGAAUUCACACAGGAGAGAAGCCAUUUUCAUGUUCAGAAUGUGGAAAGUGUUUUAACCAGAAAUCAGGUCUUGUUAUACAUCAGAGAAUUCACACAGGGGAGAAGCCAUUUUCAUGUUCAGAAUGUGGGAAAUGUUUUAACCAGAAAUCAGAACUUGUUAUACAUCAGAGAAAUCACAGAGGGGAGAAGCCAUUUUCAUGUUCAGAAUGUGGGAAAUGUUUCAAUCAUAAAUCAUCUCUUAUUGUUACACAUCAGAGAAGUCACACAGGAGAGAAGCCAUUUUCAUGUUCAGAAUGUGGGAAAUGUUUUAACAGGAAAUCAAAUCUUGUUACACAUCAGAGAAGUCACACAGGAGAGAGACCAUUUUCAUGCUCAGAAUGUGGGAAAUGUUUUAAGCAUAAAUCAGCUCUGGUUACACAUCAGAGAAUUCACACAGGGGAGAAGCCAUUUUCAUGUUCAGAAUGUGGUGAAUGUUUUAAGCAGGAAUCACAUCUUGUUGUACACCAGCGAAUUCACACAGGAGAGAAGCCAUUUUCAUGCUCCGAAUGUGGGAAAUGUUUUUAUCAGAAAUGGGCUCUUGUUGUACAUCAGAGAAUUCACACAGGAGAGAAGCCAUUUUCAUGUUCAGAAUGUGGGAAAUGUUUUAAGCAGAAAUCAGAACUUGUUGUACAUCUGAGAAAUCACACAGGAGAGAGGCCAUUUUCAUGUUCAGAAUGUGGGAAAUGUUUUUAUCAGAAAUGGGCUCUUGUUGUACAUCAGAGAAAUCACACAGGAGAGAAACCAUUUUCAUGUUCAGAAUGUGGGAAAUGUUUUAACCAGAAAUCAGUUCUUGUUACACAUCAGAGAUUUCACACAGGGGAGAAGCCAUUUUCAUGUUCAGAAUGUGGGAAAUGUUUUAACUGUAAAUCAAGUCUUGUUGUACAUCAGAGACUUCACACAGGGGAGAAGCGAUUUUCAUGUUCAGAAUGUGGGAAAUGUUUUCACAAUAAAGGAGAUCUUGUUGUUCAUCAGAGAAUUCACACAGGGGAGAAACCAUUUUCAUGUUCAGAAUGUGGGAAAUGUUUUAACUGUAAAUCAAGUCUUGUUAUACAUCAGAGACUUCACACAGGGGAGAAGCCAUUUUCAUGUUCAGAAUGUGGGAAAUUGUUUAACUGUAAAUCAGGUCUUGUUCAACAUCAGAAAAAUCACACAGGAGAAAAGCAAUUUUCAUGUUCAGAAUGUGGGAAAGGUUUUAACAAUAAAUCAGAUCUUGUUAGACAUCAGAGAAUUCACACAGGGGAGAGGCCAUUUUCAUGUUCAGAAUGUGGGAAAUGUUUUCACAAUAAAUCAGAUCUUGUUAUACAUCAGAGAAUUCACUCAGGAGAGAAGCCAUUUUCAUGUUCAGAAUGUGGGAAAUGGUUUAACUCUAAAGCAGGUCUUGUUAUACAUCAGAGAAAUCACACAGGAGAGAAGCCAUUUUCAUGUUCAGAAUGUGGGAAAUGUUUUCACAAUAAAGGAGAUCUUGUUAUUCAUCAGAGAAUUCACACAGGGGAGAAGCCAUUUUCAUGUUCAGAAUGUGGGAAAUGUUUUUACUAUAAAUCAGAUCUUGUUAGACAUCAUAGAAAUCACACAGGGAAGAAGCCAUUUUCAUGUUCAGAAUGUGGGAAAUGUUUUCAUAAUAAAUCAGAUCUUGUUGUACAUAUGAGAAUUCACACAGGGGAGAAUCCAUUUUCAUGUUCAGAAUGUGGGAAAUAUUUUAACCGUAAAUCAUCUUUUGUUAGACAUCAGAGAAUUCACACAGGGGAGAAGCCAUUUUCAUGUUCAGAAUGUGAAAGGUGUUUCUGCCAUAAAUCAUCUCUUGUUAAACAUCAAAAAACCCACAUAUAA